CUUUGAUCCCUCUCAUUUCCACUUGAAGCUCCUACAAAGAGCAAGAAAAUCUUCUCAAGAGGAAUCUCAAAUCUGUGAUCGCAGUUGCUAGUCCUUUUGUUGCCCGACAGGAUACCUCCUGCGUGUGGGCGGCAGGUUCCACUCACAGCAUUGCAGCAGCAUAUUGCGCCCUCUCCGGCCGCAAUGUGUGGCAGGGCUCGGUGCACCCUCGACCCUGGGCUGGUUGCGCGAGCCACGGGCGUGCCUCCUGACAAAUGGGUCGACAAAGAGAAGUACCACCCGUCGUACAACUUCUCCCCAGGCCGAUACGCCCCCAUCCUUCGCAAUGCGAGGAAGUCAGCAGACGCCUCAGAAGCCAAAGAAGAUGGUGAAGAGCCCAAGGCAGCGGAGAGCGAUGUUCCACCGGAGCGCAUUAUCCAGUGCAUGAAGUGGGGCUUGGUUCCCAGCUUCACCAAGAAGGACGAGAAACCCGACUUUUUCCGCAUGUUCAACGCGCGCGGCGAGUCCAUUCACGAGCGCGCGGCGUUCCGGCGGCUGCUCCCGCGCAGCCGGUGCGUUGCGAUGGCGGAGGGCUUUUACGAGUGGAAGAAGGACGAGAAGAGCAAGGCCAAGCAGCCGUACUACAUCCACUACAAGGACGAGAGCCGGCCGCUGCUCUUUGCGGCGCUUUGCGACCGAUGGGAAGACGCCGAAGGCAACGUGCUGCAUACGUAUACAAUCGUCACCACGCGCGUCUCCAAGGCCCUCGAGUGGCUCCACGACCGAAUGCCCGUCAUUUUGAGCACUCAAUCAGAGGUCGACACGUGGCUGCGCCCGGAGCUGCCCGUGGAGAAAGUGCUCCAGCUGGCAAAGCCGUACGAAUCGCCGGACCUGGUGUGGCAUCCCGUGACGUCCGAAAUUGGGAAGCCGUCGUUCGACUCACCCGCUUGCGUGAAGGAGGUUACCCCCACUACUGCGGCCACUAGUGCCAUCGCGUCACUGUUCAAAAAGGCAGCCAAGCCGUCCGAAGCCAAAGACCGUCCGAAUUCGGACGCCGGGCCGAAGCUGGAAACUGCGGAGGAAGAGAAGGCCUUCGCAGCUGCGGUCAUUCCGGACCGUGACGUCAGCAAGGCGCUCGGGAAACGGAAGGACCGUUCGGAAGGAGAGGUGAAUGACGACCGUCCGGAGCCGGGUUUGGGAGCGUCCGGGGAGGGCGCUCUGCCGUCCGGAACGGGUGUGAAUGCGUCAGACGCGGGUGUGAACACGGCGGGGGCCGGUGUGAAUGCCCCCAAAGCGAGUGGAUGGACGUCUGAGGCCGGUGGAAGAGCGUCCGAAGCGAGUGGAAGAGCGUCCGAGGUUGGUUCAAAAGCGUCCGACGCCGUUGGGAGUGCGUUUGAAGCAGCGUCCGAAAAGGCUGGCGCAGCGUCUGACGCAAUUACGGAUGCGGUCGGGGGUGUGGUUACGGAGGCAAUUGGCGCUUUCGGCAGCGCAGCUGAAAGACUCGCGGAAUCGGUUGGUGUUACCGCGAGCAACAAGGGAGAAGACAAAGCGGAAGGGGUAGAUUUGCUGCGGGAUCACGAAAGAGGACCGGUUGAAAGUACCGGGCAUCAAGAGGAGGCCGGAGAGCCGACCGGCACGGGGAAAGAUGGUCGGAAGAAGGAGGAUCAGGAGAAAGAAGCCCCGGGGCAAUGGAGGUCACGAGCGCCGGGCCCGUCUCCAAAGUCGGAAAAGAAACGAGGGCAAGGGAAAAGCGCGGCGCGGCCAGUGGGAACGCACGUCGAACCGAGCCCCAAGAAACAAAAGACCUUGACGGCUUUCUUCACAAAGCAGUGACGUACGGAAGGCAUACGUGUCAUGUGUUUGGGGCUUGUUUUACGGGUUUUGGCAUUGAUUGCGCGUCACUCUGGCUAGAUUGUACAUAUCAUACUUCACCUGGGGUCCAACAUUAGCUAGAAGAAUGAACAUCAAAAAAGAAGUCGGCGUGUCUCCGUGAAGAUGAAGCUCACGUGCUUCCCGGAGAAAUUUAGAACACAAGCUGUACAAGAUUUCCAGCUAAGCGUUUGACUCGGAUCGCAAUGGCGAAGAUAUGGCUUCUUUAUUAAAGGUGUCCGAUGGUCAACUCGCC